GAUUAUCAAGAUAACGUUCAAGAAGCAACUAUCAACAAAUAUGAAGCGAGUUUAUUUUGAGGACCCCCGAACACCAACAAAACAGGACAUUUGUACUCGUAUGGUAUGGGAGCGACUCAAGAGGAGGAGAGGAAAGACCCCUCGGAAGAGAAAUGGGACUCAACAGUUUGAUCCAGUUGAGGUAUAUUGUCGUAUUCGGCCCUUGGAAAAUCCAGAGGAACCACUAUGUGUCAAAGUCUUGAAUAAUAAAGUUGUGGAGCUGACCCCAUCCGAGCUGUACAUGGGGAGACGCCAAUGGGAUAUGGAAGCAACCGCUGUUAAUAGGAACGGACAAGCCAAGGAGAUACAGUACACGUUCCAGCACAUAUUUGACGAAUACACCUCCCAGAAAGCCAUCUACGACUAUGUGGCCCUGCCUCUCAUAGAGGACCUGAUCCAUGGCAAGAAUGGCCUCCUGUUCACAUAUGGCAUCACAUCGUCAGGGAAGACGUUCACCAUGACAGGCAGCCCCCAAGACCAGGGUAUUCUGCCACGAUGUCUGGACGUUCUCUUCAAUAGCAUUGAGGGCUACCAGGCCAAGAAAUAUAUAUUCCGACCAGACAAGAUGAACGCAUUUGAAGUGUGCACAGAGGCCGACGCCAUGAUGGAACGCCAAAGAAGAGAGAUCCUUCCCGGUCUGACCACGCCCAAGACCCCAUCUACCCCCAGACACACUGAGAGGGUGGCGUUUGGGGGGGAUAGCGGCCGGAACCGAGACCCGUCCAAAGUUGGCAACAUAGAACAAGACAAUAACUACGGUGUGUUCGUCUCCUACAUUGAGAUCUACAACAACUUCGUCUACGACCUACUGGAAGAACUCCCAUAUGAUCCAAUCACCGGCUAUAAACCGCCACAGUCAAAGAUCCUGCGUACGGACAUGACGGAGAAUAUGUACGUCCACAACUGUGUGGAAGUGGAGGUGAAAAGCCCAGAAGAUGCGUUUGAAGUCCUGUACAAAGGUCAGAAGCGGAGGAAGGUGGCACACACAGCGCUGAAUGCUGAGUCUAGUCGUAGCCACAGUGUCUUCAACAUCCGACUUGUGCAGGCACCGGUCGACCCACGGGGAGGGGAUAUUCUCCAGGACCCGGAGUACGUGGUUGUGAGUCAGCUGUCGCUGGUCGACCUGGCGGGGAGUGAGAGAACAAACAGGACGAAGAACUCGGGGGAGAGACUGAAGGAAGCAGGGAACAUCAACCAAAGUUUAAUGGUGCUCAGAAACUGUAUCGAGGCCCUGAGAGAGAAUCAGACCAACGGGACCAGCAAGAUGGUGCCGUACAGGGACUCGAAGGUGACCCACUUGUUCAAGAACUACUUUGACGGGGAGGGCAAGGUGCGGAUGGUCGUCUGUGUCAACCCCAAGGCUGAAGAAUACGACGAAACGAUACAUGUAAUGAAGUUUGCGGAGAUGGCACAGGAAGUGAUGGUUACUAGGCAACAGCAGGUUCAGUUCAGCGUCCGUAACCAGCAACUCAAGGAUGCCAUGGCAGAGGCGGAAGCAGCUAAAAAGGUGGAGGCCGCCCCAUUGCCAGCCCUGGACUACUGUCUCGGACCCUCAUUCCCGCCUACAGAGCUGCUACACGCGGGGGACGACAAGACACUGUUCACCAUGGGCUGUUUCCUGGAGGAGCGGUACAAGCGCCGACACACCCUCAUCCUCGACCUCACACGCAGGGAGGAUGACUUCCGUGCGGAGCUGGUCGAGAUGGAGCGUGAGUACACGGAGAUGCAGACGAGGCUGGAGGAGUUGGAGACGAUGAUGACGAAGAAGGACCGCGACCUCCAGAAACUUGAGACCAAGAACAGGCAGCUGGAGAAGAAGAACACCGACCUCUCCCGCCGGAACCAGGACCUGGAGCGGGAGUCCCAGACACUCGGACUCAAGCUGCAGGACAAGAACUGGAAGAUACAGGUGGAGAAGACGGAGAAGGAGAAGAUGAAGAGCGACUUCCGCAACCGUCUGGACAUGCACAGCCAGCAGUGGGAGAAGAACAUGGAAAAGGAGAGAAGGAAGGUUGCGGUCCAGGCAGGAGCAGAGAUCCAGGAACGAGAUCGCAAACUGAAGAUGCUGGAGAACAUAGUCAACCAGAACAGUAAACCCAUGGUGACGCCUCGUCGCCCGGCGCCCAAACCCCGCACGUACACCACCCCUGGCUACAUCACUCCGGCCAGGUCAGACACAGACGUGUCGCGGGUUGGCGUGGGGGGCACUGGGCGGAUGACCAGGGCCACAGCGGCUGGAGUAGGGUCAGCUAAAUCCAUGUACAACCUCAACCAUGUGUCUUCUACCGCCAAGCCACGGCCACCGGCAUACAACACACGGAAUCAUCGGAGAUCUAAGUCGUCCUCUAACGCAGAAGUGUGGUUGGACCACAGACCGAAUGGAGAUGUUGAGAUGGAUUCGGUGCUUCAACCGAAGAUGGGGAAGAAGAGGUCAGUGUCCAAGCUGGAGUUGAAGGACACAAAGGAGGCGUCGAAAUAUGUGCUGACCACACACGAGAUGGACUCGGAGGGAGAGAUGGCCACGAAGCUGGUCAAGGGUACGGUGAUGCCGACUGCCGGAGGGGGUACGGCUGUUGUGUUCAACGAUGUGGAGACGUUACGUCACACUGCACCGGGGACAAGGAAGAGGAGGAGCUCAUGUCCGCAGCCUCAGGACUUUGACGGGGACUGGACGGACACCGAAACACGGUGCAAUAUAGCCCUUGAGGGGCACGGAAAGCGAACCAAAGCGUCGGCUGUGUGAUAAGUUGUGAACUCGUGUUUUGCGUGAGUUUCUCCGCUGAGGUUGAACAAUAUUGCCUACCUCUGCUUCAGGCACAUGGCUGUGAAGUGGAUAUUGGGAUGGUUUCAAUUGAUAACAAAUGUGCUUAGAAACCAACACAACACGCCGUGUCAACGAGUGUUAUUUUUAGAUUGUUAUGCAUUGUGACUGCUUGGAACCCUUACAUCCCUCAUCUGACAAUUACCUGGUACUUUUCGAUGAGUGAUAUCUAUCGUCACAUCAGCAUCACUUCGCUGUACCAAAUUGAGACGGGUUACAGAUGACAAGAAACAUACUGUAACUAACAAUGACUUUGUGUACAAGAAGGUGAAGUAGCGUGUGUGAACAAUUGCGUUUUGCAAAGGCUUGAAAUGAAGUGAUGGUGGACAGUUCAACAGACCUAUCCUCCAAUCUGUGUAUCACUUUCUUUUUCUUAAAUGUGGUUUGCUUCAUCCUGAGACGUAUAGUUGUCAUUAAAAAAUCUGAUAUCUCUUUUUUAGUCUCCAGUGCUGGUCCACAAAGCGAUCUCGGCACUAUGACUGUGUUGAUUAAUGGAGUUACAAUUGUCUUAGUGCUAAGAUCGCUUUGUGGAAUGGAUCGCCUGAUUGAAAUAUUGUCAUCUAUUGGCUAAAUCCUUUGCAACAAGGAGUUUGCUGUCAGUAUUCAGAAAAUGUAAAAUAAUAAGUCAAAAGAACAUGUCCAUGGAAAGUUUCUUACACAGAAACUUGCUUGACAACCGCGAAACAUCAUUUUUAAACAGUUGCACCUGCUACAAAUAUUGCAGUUUUUUGUAUUCUGUUGAAAGCAAACCAUAUAAAAAGACUGACAUUUCGCACUUUCAUUGUUGGACCACUUGAUUCUGAAAUUACUGGUCCUUCUUGAUUGUUGCUAGUAUUUGUCCAGUGGGCCAGCGUAUUUGUAACAUCCUCAUGUAUUGAAGUACCAGGUGGGUGCAGCGACACAUGUAUGUAUACUGACAUAUCAGUUUUAGCGAUGCUUUCAUCUAGUGUGUAUAUGAGAAUAGUUAUGUUGUAUAAUCAUGUGUAUAAUUUAGGCAUAAGUCGACUUCUCCGUCUUUCAUACUUGCAUAGCUGGAAUAGCUGGCAAUAGUAGUUUCAGAGAGCACUUCUCAAUCAUUUCCUCUGGUUUUUUUUCUUUUUCUUGUCAGGUCAAUCCUGUCUUCUAAGAGCCUUUCGGGGCAUAGGGGGCUCAGUUGUUUAAGGCAUUGCAAUUCUCUGUGCAGAGUUGCGUCCUCAGCACGCCAGAAACUUAUGAUUGUGUUUCGAAUCCCGGUCCGCCUAGAUUAUGUUUCUACAUUUGUGAGCUACCAUGCUCGUGGGUUUCACUGAAGUGGUAAAUGUCCGAGACCUGCAUCACUUCGGGCUUUCCUCUCACAUCAAGCUGAUACACCGUGAUAUAACUGGAAUACUGUUCAAAGCGGCAUUAAACCCAACAAACUCACUCACUCUAACAGCCCAAUGGGAUUAAUCAAAACUGACAAAAUACUCAAGGGAUCUUCUCAUUCUGGACGUGGCUAGAGUUUAUGCUGAGUGACGUGUCUAGGUGGUCCAGUGGUCCAGGUGGUCAGUGUUUGCUAACCAAGACCAAGUUUGAUUCCCCACAUGGGUAUAUGAACACCUUAAGUCAUCUGCUGAGAUAUGUAGCAAAAAUUGCAAUGUAGUGCAGAUUACUUUCUUCAGAAAUUCUGGUAAUAAAAGCUGCACAGCGUUUAAUCAAGACCCGGCAUUUAGUUGUGGAAAUACAGUUUAUACAAUGACAUAAUGGAGAUGUGUUACACUGGAUCAUCGGGGACGAAAGGAAUGUUAAGUGGAUCUUGCUUCUAAUCCAGUUCUCAUAUGGGACAGCUGGUUUAUAUUGCCGUGGCCAUUUAUUCAAAUAUAAUAUUGAACUUGGUAAAGUAUGUUUUAGACUUAAAAAAAAUGAAAGAAUUGGUUCUCAGGCAAUGGCUUUUGAGAAUAUAGUGCACACAGGCAGGCAGUGUGUUUUUGUUGGGGGGUUGUUCAAGCUAGUAUGUAACCAUAUGCUGGGGUCGUGUGUUUGAGACACAGAAUAUUUAAUUUAAAAUGGAAAUAAAAACAAAAUGUGUGGCAGACUUGAUGAUGAUGUGGGUGGUCACUGAGAACCAAGACUAUUUUUUUUUUAGCCUUACAGUUCGUGGGUAAGAUAUGAUUUCGUAUUUUCGAUAUGAACUCACAUUAGAGCUGUGUCGUUACUUUCAAAUGCCCUGGUUAUUCCUUUCAGUAACAUGUUACUCAAAAGAAGUUACCUAACACCUCAUUUUUCAAAUAAAAGGUGACUAUGCUUGUUGUAAGAGGCGACUAACGGGAUCGGGUGGUCAGGCUUGCUGACUUGGUUGGAGCAGGUCAUCGUAUCCCAAUUGCGUGGAUCGAUGCUCAUGAUGUCAAUCACUGGAUUGUCUGGUCCAGACUUGAUUAUUUACAGCUGGAAUAUUGCUGAGUGGAAUAAUCUGUCAUUGCUGGUGGGUAUUCCAAUUGUGGGUGUUCUUUAACUUGUUUUGAGUAGUAUAUGAUUGACACACACAGGUUGCAAUAGUCAGAUUCCUACCGAAGUUCUUUUGUCACCAUCUGCUUGAAAUUGAGGUGGAUAAAACAGCCCACAUAAAGCUUGAUAAAUAUGUCCUUAUAUUUGAGGUAGGCGUAAUGACGAAGAUAUGGUGGAGCUCCCCUUGAGACAAGGGAUAUGGUAGUCAAGCUAUGAUUCAGUUAUCUACAUGUACCGUGUCCGGCUGUGGUUGUGUCAAUUCACACCCUCCUGGUUUAAACCAAGAAUCUGUUGACAUGCUUGUCAACAAUAUUGGCACUUAUUCUCUUGUUUCAGGGCAAAAGUAGCCAGGUUGUAUUGAACUGUUUAUAUGACAUGAAAUAUCUGUUCUCACUUCUGUCUCUCAGAUCUCGCAUCUUUGCAUUUUCUUGCCUUUACCUUCUGAAUCUCCGACAGUAUCUCACACUUCAUUGCAGUUCUCUGUCACUCGCGUCCUUAUUUUCACCUCAUUUAUCUGUUUACUCUGGCAGCUUACUGUGUGCCCCAUGGUAUUGGUUCAAGUUAUGAGUUUUUGUUGUAUCACCUUCCUAAUACAGUUUACCUGCUGCUUAUUUACACAGGGGGGAGUGGCUAUUUUCUGUGAAAACAGAUUAUGUCAUUGUGUUGGUUGUUCUGAAUUCAUUUUAACCGUCAGGCUAGCACAGUUUAAAAAAAAAUGAAAUGAAUAGCACGUUAUAUUUUUCAAACUAUUAUUUUUAUUUGGUAAUUGCUUGUUCUGAGCAGGCACUGGGGUUCAGUCAUCCAAGGCGCCACAAUACACUGCAGCGUUACGUCCAUUGGGCACGCCAGAAACUCGUGAUCAUGGCUUUGAAUUCUAUUUCCUCCCAAUUAUGUUUCCAGGUUUGUCAGCACCAAACCCGUUGUGAGUUUGCCCAAAAGCUAAAUGUCUGAGACGUGCAUCACUUCGGGCAUUCCACCCACAUGAAGCUGACACGCCCUGAUAUAACUGGAAUACUGUUGAAAGCCGCGUUUAAACCCGACACUCACUCACUCACUCACUCACUCACAGGGGUGUUUUCCCAAUACUGAAGAGUUCAAGAGUCCAUUAUAUAACAUUUGGUUUGGAGAGUUAGGAAGUUAACUGUCUUGGCCCUGCGAGUGCAUAUUCCAGAGGCUUGGAGCAGGUGGAUGCUGUGUUUGUUAUUGUAUAUAUGUAAUAUAGAUAUUAUGUACACUUAUUUAUCAUGCAUACACUAGCGACUGAGGACUAUGCAAGCUUGUGAUAAAAACACCAUUUUUCAUGUACCAAUGAACACAUAGUCAAAUAAACAUUUUGUAGACAUC